AUGAAGAGGCGAUUACUCAGUUCGCCAAAACUGACGGGUGCUAUACUUGUGGGAAUUUCUGACCCAGAAGCCAACAACAUCACGAAACUCAACCUUCACGAUCUUCUUCCUGUUGGUGUCGGGCUGGUAGUCGUGUGUACUGCGAGGCGUCAAUCCGCUAAAGAAUCUCUUUCCCCUCUUCAGUCACCCGAACUUUCUCUCACGUUAGAACUCGUGUCAAGAACAAAGGCGGAAAUGUUGUACUCGUCCAACACACACCUUCCCGGGUUGCAAGACGCUUGUAUCUGUAACAUGUGCAGAGACCUCCUCGACCUGAACACUCGCAAAUGUGUGUUUAGGCUAGUUGAGCCAGAGGCUGGUAUCGAAUCGGUGUAUGAUAUUAUGGAAAUGGAGGACGACAAGCAUCUGGUGCUCUUGCAACUGUCCCACGCGCAGACGCAAGACGUUGCUACGUUCGUCAACUCUUAUGCCCGACGCUCGAUGUUUGUUGGCGGGGACUACACAGCGGGAGCCCCGAUAAUCCUCCAAGUCGCUCUCACCCGGGACAUCGACAAAGAUGACGAAGAAGGCGACCAGACAGUAAUUGCGCUAUUCUACCCAGGUCCCAGUUCCUCCCUUGUUUAAUUUCGAUGAAUAUAUAAAGAACUACUAGUACCUUGUAGCAUAUCAUAGUUUGGGUUUUUGGCCUUUAUACCUGACAACGGCUACAUGAGCUUCUUGUAAGAGAAGUGAACUUUGCCACCUCCAAAUAUGCACGGUAGCUACUCCAGUAAAGGAGAGCUACUAUGCAAUAUAUACUCGCUCAAAUAAGAAUAUAUUGACCCCAAUCAGUAAUACACAGACCCCCUAACCUGUAAUAUUCUUCAUCAGGAAUUUCCAGCACU